ACAAGCGUGCGCAGCUGCGCUCAGUCCGCCUCAUCGUGGGCUUGAAGACAGGGACUGUGUGUAAGGUGGAAGUAACUUUUGUCCUACAGAGAGGAGUUUUAAACCGCCCGAGAUAUACAUUUGGUCUGAAGAGCCACGGCAAACGAUAACCAUGUCGGCCUCAUCGGCAAAAGUCAGUAGGAAGGAGAAUUCAAAUCACGACGGAGCGGACGAGACCUCUGAAAAAGAGCAACAAGAAGCAAUUGAACACAUUGACGAAGUACAGAAUGAAAUUGACAGACUGAAUGAACAGGCGAGUGAAGAAAUAUUAAAAGUAGAGCAGAAGUACAACAAAUUACGCCAACCGUUCUUUCAGAAGCGAUCAGAACUCAUAGCCAAAAUCCCCAACUUCUGGGUCACAACAUUCGUCAACCAUCCACAAGUUUCAGCUCUUCUUGGGGAGGAGGAUGAGGAAGCACUUCAUUACUUGUCGAGGGUUGAGGUCACCGAGUUCGAGGAUAUCAAGUCCGGCUAUAGAAUAGAUUUUUAUUUUGAUGAGAAUCCAUACUUUGAGAACAAAGCUCUCUCCAAAGAGUUUAAUGUAAACGAGAGUGGAGACCCCGUUUCCAAAUCAACUGAAAUCAAAUGGAAAGCUGGAAAGGACCUGACAAAGCGUACUGGUCAGACACCGAACAAAGCUGGGAAGAAGAGGCAGCAUGAGGAGCCAGAGAGCUUCUUCACCUGGUUUACUGACCACUCAGACGCAGGAGCUGAUGAGUUAGGAGAAGUGAUCAAAGAUGAUAUUUGGCCUAAUCCUCUGCAGUACUACCUGGUCCCUGACAUGGAGGAUGAGGAAGGUGAUGGUGAUGAUGAUGACGAUGAAGAGGAGGGCCUGGAAGACAUUGAUGAAGGGGAAGAAGAAGAGGGUGAAGAUGAAGAUGAGGAUGGUGAUGGAGAAGAUGGAGAGGAUGAUGGCGAAGAUGAUUAAACAUUUCAGCCAACACCUUUUCCCAGCCCUCCCUCUUUGAUCAUCCUACAACCCACGGGAGCAACGUAUUUAGUUUUUUUUGUUUUUUUUUUUCCUUUUGGGGGGGCGGGGCGGGGCGGGUUGUUAAAAAAAAAAAGAAAGAAAGAAAAACAGGGGAAAAAAAAGAAACCUUUCCUGUGUGUCGUCAGCCUGUCUGUCCUCUUCCUCUGCAGCCACAGUCUAUCCAUAAUGUCAAAAGACCAGCUCAUAUGCAGUAGGUCUGCAGUGGGGGUGGAGGUGUCGGCGGCUCUUUGGAAGUCUCACCUGUCAUUGUUUCUCUACAUCUCCCAAAGACAUGCAAAAGAAUAAAAAAAUUUGUAGCAUUCUGCACGUCAUCUUACGUAGAUUUAAAAUACGUACAAUAGCAAUUUGUUUGUACAAUUAAAUGACAGUUUCUGUUAAAGUUGUGAGUUCAAUAAAAAUAAGCCAUGGUGCAGUGAUAACUUAAUCAUAGCAUCCUUAGCCACUAUAUAUAUAUAUAUAUAUAUAUAUAUAUAUAUAUAUAUAUAUAUAUAUAAAAAUGUAUAUUAUAAUAUAUCCAGUGGAGGGGGGUACUGAGGCUUAUUAGAAGCUGCAUUUUCCUUUGUGACUUACUGUACUAAUGGAACUGAUUGAAAGCACCAGCUUGUUCCUUUCAACUGUUGUAAAUGUUUUGGGAUAUACAUGUAUCUUGGUAAGCCAGUUGUUAAUUGUACACAGUUUAAGGGGGUUGUGUGGUGGGGCAGCGGGGCUUCGACACCAACUCUGGACUUCUGUUAAAUAAAUUUUCAUUAUCUUGUUUUUCAGGCACCCACAACAAAGUUUGAACUGUAAAUUUUUUUAUAAAACAGAAAAUUAAAAUUUCAAGCUCUGCUUAACAUUGUGAGAUGGGGAAAGAAAAAAAAAGCUCUGUGGUAUCCCCUGUGGAGUCUGCAGUGUUUCUCCUUUUCCACAGGAAACCUGUUCACAUUCAGUUAAGUGUACCAAUUGCUUUGUUACAAUAAAUAAAUGUAUACAUGAUGUUUGGAGCAGUUUGGUCACAUUUGGACAUUUCAGCUGAAGCUAUUGCUAGUUUGACCCCACAAGCAGACCCCUUGUUGCUUACAAGCUUGCUGUCAUUAGACCUGUCCAUGAGUCAGGCAUUUAGACUUUUGAAAUGUCAAAAAUUUUAAAUUAUUUACCAAAUGCGAAAAGGUUUUUAUAGUAAUAUUGGAAGUAUUUUUGAUGUUCAUUGAAGUUGGUCUGUAUUCUUUGACAAAACCAAACAGUCCCACCAGACAGCUGGACAGCUUCAAUUUGUGGUCUUGCUCAUGGACCGUGCAGUCUGCUGUGGGUCCAGGGAGUGGAUGCACGCAAUCUUAAGGAAAAUAUGUUAUGGUUUGUGAUGUUGAACUUAAUGGAAGCUACUGGCUCUCUAAUGUGACCUUUGUUAAUUAUCUGUGUAAUUAGCUCUGUCCCGUUGUUAAAUAUCUCCCGCCUUGCUGCAAGUGGGUUUUAAAAUAAACCGUUUGGGCUGACUCAGGUUUAAAACAA